CAUGGACACAAAGCCCCGGUCUGUUAGCGCCGCUCAGGGCGCACAGGGCUCCGAAAGCGGGUGCGGUGCCGGGCGCGGUGCGGGCGCCUUGCGGGGGUCCCUGUGUGCGGUGUGUGGCCUUGCCGGGCUGGGCGUUCAGCUUUCAGGGCUGCUACCUCCUGGAGCUCCUCGCCGGUCAUAACCGGGGAACUGGAACAGACGCGCCACACGCUCUAAAAAGAUGCAGAAAUGCUGAAAAACACGACCGAGAACAACCGGGCCCGUUUGGAAAGUUGGGGUCUGCUGAGAACAGACCCAGUCCCCGAGGCUGGAGAGGAUGCUGCUGCCACGAUCAGUGUCACGGAGACCCUGUCUGAGGAGGAGCAAGAAGAGCUGAGGAGCGAGCUUGCAAAGGUGGAAGAGGAGAUCCAGACUCUGUCUCAGGUGCUGGCUGCGAAGGAGAAGCACCUGGCGGAGAUCAAGCGGAAGCUGGGGAUCAGCUCCCUCCAGGAGCUCCGGCAGAACAUUGCCAAAGGGUGGCAGGACGUGACCGCGACGCCUGCAUACAAAAAGACGUCUGAAACCUUGUCUCAAGCCGGACAGAAGGCAUCGGCUGCUUUUGCAUCGGUGGGCUCGGUCAUCACCAAGAAGCUGGAAGACGUAAAAUUGCAAGCCUUUUCCCACUCCUUUAGUAUACGCUCCAUUCAGCAUUCAAUUAGCAUGCCCGCCAUGAGAAACUCCCCAACUUUCAAAUCAUUUGAAGAGAAGGUUGAAAACUUAAAGGCAAGUAGAGAGUCUAAAGUAGGGGGGACCAAGCCUGCCGGCGGUGAUUUCGGAGACGUCUUGAAUUCGACUGCCAGUGCUAGUGCCACGGCCACGGAGCCUCUUCCAGAGCAGACCCAGGCGGGCCCGUGAGGUCCUGCCGCUGUCCUGCACCACUGCCAGAUGCUGCCAGCGAGACCCAAGCACAUCUUGUCAGCGUUCAUCGCCGUGAAUCCCACCCCACGUGCUUUCAUUUCGCCUUAUGUAUUCCUUUGACUAAAUAGUCUGUGGGUUAAACAAAAUAAAAAUAUCUUCACCUCUGUCCCUGGGAAACACCCUUCAAUGUGCCUUUCAGGCCCUUGACGUAGGAAGCACCAUUACACAAACACGGUGGUACCCGGGGACCCUCGCUAGGGUGAUUGGAGAAGUGGCAGGCUGUCAGCAUGGAUUCCCCGCUUCCCCAAAUCGCUCUGGAUCUGGGAUGCCAGUUUGGUCUUUGUCUUCUAUGUCAUUUUCUUUUCCUCCUUUUUCAAACCUCUUUAAGUUUUCUGAAUCCUGGUUAUUAAAAGUCUUGGCAUAAUUUCCUUCACCUCCAAGGGAAGAACUACCAGCUGCAGACAUUGUGGAAAAGACAUUGUUUGGGUGUGAGGUUAUCUUAUAUCUUGGGUGCCUGAAGACAGAAAACUAAGUACAUCAGUUCUACAUCCCACUAGUUAUCUAUAUAUAUAAAAGCCUAAGCAACCCUUAUGACCGAAUGACCGGAACUACUGGUCGACCAGUCACUAUGAUGUGCACUGGCCACCAGGGGGCAGAUGCUCAACGCAGGAGCUGCCCCCUGGUAGUCAGUGCACUCUCACAGCCAACCUCCUGUGGUCCCUCCCACUGUUUUUCCCCCUGGCCAGCAGGCCCCGAUUGGCUUGGCCCAGAUUGGGACUGGGUUAGAUGGCCCCGAACGGCCAUGAUCGCCGGCCAGGCCUAGGGACCCCACCCAUGCAUGAAUUCGUGCACCGGGCCUCUAGUAGUUUUAUAAGUGACAAUAUGUACAGUAAUUCAAACUCCUUAGUGACUGGAGAGGGACUCCACAUCCUUGUCACCAUUUGUGACAGUAAUCAUUUCAGUGCACUGGUUCUUAUGCCAUUUACAUCACUCCGUUUUUCACUGGAUUAAAGUUGUAUUUCAGAGUAUGCAGGAUAACAUUCUGAAUCAAGCAUGUUGUAUUAUCAGUAGGUUGAUAUAGGAACACUGUCUUCAAAUAAUCAAUUCAAAAGCCAGAAGUUUUUUAGACCUAGUUAGAGGUAAAAAUGCUAAAAUCAGUCAUAUUAGGGAAAUCAUUCCUGUCUUCAUUUAAUUCAUUUCCCACCAUUUAAAAAUAAGAAGCACACAGAGUUAUCUAAUAUAAUUUGAACAGAUUUUAUACUAAGGGGUUGGUGAUAACUCCACAGGAUUUAAUGCAUUAAUAAAAAUCAACUCACCAUUUUCUACUGACAUGUUUUCAGUGUGUUAGAAAUUAUUACAUGAUUCUGCAGACAUUGUGCCCUGCUUCAAACACUGCGUGUCAGGACUGAGUGCACCAGAUACUCUGGAAGGAACUGCAUGGAGGCAUGUGCUCUGUUAAUUGUAGCAGCUACUGAUUCGUCACCACUACCUUUUCCUUCUGCUGUGUAUGGUUAUGGCCUAUAAUGUUGUAUUUGUUAUUUAUCAAGUUGUGAUAGUUUUAUUAUUGUUUAUGCCAGAUGUUAAUUGCCAAGCUUGGAGUGACCUAAAGCGUUUUUAAAAAGCAUGGCUAGAUUCACUUGGACAGAAAUUAUCUUAAGAAACCACAUUUGAAAAUGCACAAGUGUUGACUGUUCUCAAGUAACAUGCUGCCCGUCUUGAUUAUUAGAGCUUGUUAGCACUUUAGAUGCAAUAGGAACUCUGCUCUGUUAUGUGUAAAAAGCUUAAUAAAUUCUGUAUGCCAAUAGUAUAGAUCUCGAUAUUACUGUGAAACCAGUGGUCUGCAAACAGCUUGUUGUAUUAAAUAAUCAGUGGGUGUCUAUGCUAAAAAAGGGGGAUGUUGUGUUUUACCAUCCCCUUUAAAUCAUCACUUAAUGGGAUUAGGCUAACAUAUUAUAAAUUAUUUCCUUAUAGAGGAUUUAAGGCGAAGGUCAUUGCAGCAUUGUCCCCGAGGAGAUCUGUAGAAAUAUGUUUCUUUUUUAAAUAGAAAUAUUGUGGUUACUCAGCAUAACUGUUAAGUUAUAUUUUUCUACCAACUAUGUCAUCUUUAAGUUUUUUAUCACAAUACCUUUUCAUCAUGUUGUUUCUUGAGCAUCCUGCUGUUACUAUCUUUUCAACAAGGCAAAAUGGAGUAAGACGGCAACUUUUUAGCUAAGUGAAAUAUCCUCAAGUCUCUUUAGCUUAUGCAGAGAAGUGAUAGAAAUGGGGUAGAAAUGGGAUGGGUGUGUGGGGGUAUAGGCGAUGGCUGUGAAAGGAGAAAUCAGAGAAUCACUACACUUAAUCUAAAAAUGAUUUAAUCUAUUGCAUAGUAAGUUGCCUCUUAAAGUAGUCAAAGUAGGGGGAGGGUGAAUUUAGAAAAAUAGACAUGGAUUUGGAAAUAUUCAAAGUGGUCUUUGUGAGGAUUCCACGUUAUGAACUCCCAGUUCCCUCUGUUGUGUUUUAUGUUUGACACUAAGAAAACAGCAACUUGAGAGCAAACUCUCAGAUAUUCAAGGAUUCAAGAAGCUUCAGAGGAGAAAAUCACCUCUGAAAUGUCCCCUUCUUACAAAGGAACUGUCUUUGGUUUAUGGAGUUUGUGGGAAUAAACAAAUAAUUCUUUUGCUUAUGAGGCCAAAGUAAUCACUGGGAGAGAACUCACUGGAUUAUCAUCUUGGUAACUCAAACUACUGAAAUAGAGAAAAAAGCAUGUUUAAUUUGGGGUCACUAUUUCUGGAUCUGUUAAUCAAGAAAUGCACACUGUCUAUUUUUCUUUUGUAUAGCAUUUGAAAACAAUAAAAAUUCUAUACUUUG